AUUACUGCUUGGAGACACGCUUCAGCAAAUCAAGGAGAAGUAUGUCAUCUCAAGAAAUGCUUUAGAAAUCGACUUGAACAAUAAGCUCGGAGAAGGCUGCUUUGGGCUAGUAUACGAAGAGACAUCAACUCGAACUUUGUUGUACGUUUGGUUGGUGUGGUCGCCAACUUUCCCCCCAUUUACGUGGUGAUGGAGCUCAUGGAACGCGGAGAUCUGAAGUCAUUUCUCAGGUCUGAAGUUGGAGGAUCCCUGACUCAGGAGAAAAUGGUGGAAAUGGCAGUUGAAGCCGCCGACGGCAUGGCUUACCUCGCCGCCAAAAAGUUGGUACAUCGUGACCUCGCUGCUCGCAAUUGCAUGCUAGAUGAAAAUCUUACACUUAAGAUUGGAGAUUUUGGUUUUACCAGAUACCUAAGUACUGAAUACUACAGAAAACAAGGGCGAGAACUACUGCCGGUCCGUUGGAUGGCCCCAGAAUCACUCCAGUAUGGUCGGUAUUCAUCUCGGUCAGAUGUUUGGAGUUAUGGCGUUUUGCUGUGGGAAAUCGUUACAAGGGGAGUGCUCCCUUAUCAGGGUUAUGUGAACGAAGAAGUAUGUGCUCUAGUAAUAUCUGGAAUGCGACUGGAGCGACCACAUAAUGGACCAGAAUUUAUCUUCUCCCUAAUGGUACAGUGCUGGAAGUCACAGGCCAAAGAGCGGCCAACUUUUAUCCAGCUUGUAAGGCUUCUCUUAACUAGGACGUCGCCAGAAUAUCUGAGUUACUUCGAGAGGGUGUCGUUCUUUCACAGCUCUAGCUGCUGUGAUUCGGAGAGCACGGAGGAUAAUGACGAGGGCUUCAUUGCCAGUGGCUCACUGGAUCCUAGCAUUGAGGAAGAGGAGGCAAGGCAUUCGCUUUCAAAUUCCCUGCCACACUCCCUACACCACGUGGAAGACGACCAGGUAUGCCUGACUCCUGAUGACCCCUAUAAGAGAUCAUCUUGUGCUUCUCUCUCUUGCAUAAUUGGCAGCCACACCAAUAGGCAAGCCAUAACUCUCUCUGACAGCAGAGAUAGGCCUCGAAAAUUGCCUCAUCUGGCAGCUUGUCAUGUUCAUUGCUGAUAUGUUCCCUUUGUUUCUCAUACAUUUCAGCGAUUUAACAAUGAACGUGUAGCUGUAGAAAAUCUUUCUUAAGUACAUGAUAUUUUACAUAUUUUAGAUUUUCCAAAUUUAUAAUACACAUAUACAUUCAUGCAUAACAUCGUCCGUGAACAAGUUUCGGAUAUAUGUGCUUAAUUUUCACAUCAAUGUUAUUCUUAUUAAUGUUAUUUUUAUUUUUUCAAGGCUAAUUUUGUCUAUGUAAGAAGUAUUUCUAGAGGUCAAUUUGUAAUAAAGAUAUCACAAUACUUCUUCAGGUGCAGACCUUUUUUCGAAAUCGUGGUAUGAAGUUCUAGGAAUAUAGGGAGUAUAUAUAUAUAUAUAUAUAUAUA